CUCCGCCCCAGGGCUGGCCAAGAUGGCGGCGGGUGGGAGCGACGAUGAGGAGGAGGCGGACCUGGUUUGCAUUGGGACCCCGCUGGAGCCCUUGGAGGAGGGUGAACCGAUUAAGAAGCCAAUUCCUCUACAAGAUCAAACUGUCAGAGAUGAAAAGGGGCGGUACAAACGUUUCCAUGGAGCAUUUAGUGGUGGUUUUUCUGCCGGCUAUUUUAACACCGUGGGUUCUAAAGAAGGAUGGGCACCGUCCACCUUUGUCUCAUCACGCCAGAAGAGAGCGGAAAGGACAGUCCUGGGGCCAGAAGAUUUCAUGGAUGAAGAAGAUCUUAGUGAACAUGGGAUAGCACCAAAGAAAAUUACAAUUACAGAUGAAUAUACUUCCAGAAGCAAGGAUAGAAUAAAGGAGAAAGCCAGAGAAAUUGCAGGCGUUGUGGGCCCAAUUCCUGGAGCUUCAAUAUUGGAUGAAUGUAUAUCACCUGGCAAAAUCACCAUUGGUGUCGACCUGCUGCGAAAAAUGGGCUGGAAAGAUGGACAAGGUGUUGGACCUCGUGUGAAGAGGAAGCCACAGAAACAGAAACCUGUUGCCGAUCCUGUGAAAAUAUAUGGCUGUGCUUUGCCCCCAGGAUCUGAAGAAUCAGAGGAAGAAGAGGAUGAAUAUCAGCCAGAAAAUGUGACGUUUGCUCCCAAAGAUGUAACGCCUGUGAACUUGGCUCCUAAAGAUAAUGUCCAUGGACUUGGCUAUAAAGCCCUGGAUCCAACCAAAGCGUUGUUUGGCAUUUCAGAGGAAGACACAAACCUUUUUAGUCCUAGUUCUGAAAAUCCAACUCUGCUUGGAGAUCUGCGUCACAGUAAAGGACGGAAAGUUGGCAUUUCGGGACAGGCUUUUGGUGUUGGUGCUUUGGAAGAGGAAGAUGCUGACAUUUAUGCAACUGAAUCCCUUUCUAAAUAUGACACCGUUUUGAAAGACGAGGAGCCUGGCGAUGGGUUGUAUGGCUGGACGGCACCGAAGCAGUAUACAAAUAAGCCAGGAAUCAACAAAGAGCUGAAAUACAUUGGGAAAAUUUUGGAUGGUUUCUUAAUGGCGUCUGCAUCUAUUGUUCCUCCAAAAACUUACCCUCCUCCUGAUUUGCCAAAGGAUUACAGACCCAUCCAUCACUUUCGACCCACGAUAAACACCGGAAGUGAAAAACCCCAUUUAGUACAAGUUUUAGCAGAAUCUACAGGGAAGUUCCAGAGUGAUGCAGCAUUGCCAAGCAGACACCAAAAGACUGCUUCUCAGAGGAGAGAACUGCUGGGCGAGACUAGUCUUAAAGGUCCAGCAACUUCUGUUCUUGAGUAUUUGUCAGAUAAAGACAAAGAGAGGAUCCUGGAAGCAAAACAAGUGGCAGAGACUCAAGUGAAGACUCCAUCUCUUCCCCAGCAGUGCCUGCAAAACAGAUUCCAAACCUCGUCUUUGCAUGAUGCUCCACCAAAGUGGCAGCAGUUAACUUCAGCGGGUUCUAGUGACUUCAGACCAUUUGCAAAAGAUCCAGAAAAACAAAAGAGAUAUGAAAAUUACAGAGCGAGUCUCAAACAUGAUACAAAAGUCGAAGUUCUAGCAAGCUGUGUUGAUCCUAAUAUGACAGAAUGGGAACGCCGGAGGGAGCAAGACGAGUUUUCUCGUGCUGCAAUGCUCUACAAAUCCUCCAGCUCUGUCCUGUCUUCGAGGUUUACUUCUGCAAAGCAUGAAGAUGACACCGACAAAGUAGAAGUUCCUCGGGAUCAGGAGGCUGAUAUUGAUGACAAAAAGGCAGCUGCAAAGAUGAAGAUGUUUGGCAAGCUCACAAGAGAAAGGUUUGAAUGGCACCCGGACAAAUUGCUGUGCAAAAGGUUUAAUGUUCCUGAUCCCUAUUCAGACUCGUGCAUUGUUGGAUUACCCAAAGUGAAGCGUGACAAGUAUUCCGUGUUCAAUUUCUUGACAGUAUCGGAGUCUACUUCAGUCACACUGAGCCAGGCCAAAGAAGUAGUAGGAGCGCAACGGGAUAAUAUCCCAGAGAAACCAAAGAAGCCAUCAAGAUGGGAUGUGUCCGAUAAAGAAAAGAAGAAGAAAGAUGCUAUUGGUGAGUUCAUCAGUUUAGCCAGGUCAAAGGUCGAUGUCCAGGAAGAGCAGCCGCCAGUUGAAAAAAUGGACCAAAAAAAGACAGAAGAACCUGUUGCCAACGAGAUAGUAAGUGAAAGUACGAGCAGGAAUGAAGAAGUAGCAGAAGAAGAAGAAGAAACAAGACCGUCCAUGGAUCUGUUUAAAGCCAUCUUUGCCAGCUCCUCAGAUGAAAAAUCAUCUUCAGAAGAAGAAGAAGAAGAAGAAGAAGAGAGUGAUGGUGAAGUGCAAGCAGCAGCGGCAGAGGCAGAAUCCGCUUCUGAAAGUACAAAGCAUUCUUCUCCUUUGCCUGAUGUUCAAGGUGUUAAAGCAAAUAGAGCCGCCACACCAGAACCUUCUGUUGGUUGUAAAUCUGCCCUUGAAGGAAGCCAUUGAUCAAGGAGAAGAAUUUGGACCAAAAUUGCCUCCUGUUAUUCACUCUGGCACUCAUUCGAAGCCUGCGGAAAUACAGCUUGCAAGUUCCCCUGAAGCCUCUAAGAGAGAGAAGCCUAAGAAGAGCAGAGAAAAACACAAGUCCAAAAGAGAACACAAACCCAAGAAAGAAAAG